CCGCCGCGUGCCCAACAGCUGGAGAAAGGCGGCGCUUUGCAGCUUCCAUGCGUGCCGGGGCCAGAUCGGCGACGGCAGCUUCCAUUGGAGAGAAAGGAUCAAUAAGAGUGAAAAAACUCUCCACUACGCCAGGAACUUUACUCUCAAUGGUACAAGAAUCAAAUACGAUGGCUCUUACGGAAGGUUUUGUUGGACUGCACUGUUAUUGGGACUAAAGGCCUUUGGAUUACCCACAAUUCCUCUCCUAACCUGCAUGGCAUUGUGCCCCAGCCUCCGUUUUUGUCACAAAUAGGAGCUAUGACUAGGAAAAUGGCAUCUAGCCUUACUUGUACGGGAGUGAUAUGGGCAUUUUUUUCCUUCCUCUGUGCUGGGGUCUCCUGUGUGGGGUUCUUCAUGCCUUACUGGCUGCUGGGGUCUCAGCUGGAGAAAUCGGUGUCCUUUGGCACUUUCCGGAGAUGUUCCUAUCCAGUGCUGGAUGAGAGCCGCCAGAUCACCGUGAUGGUGGAGCAGUGCGGACGCUAUGCAUCAUUCCAGGCCAUUCCAAGCGUGGAGUGGAGGAUCUGCACUGUGGUGACAGGGCUGGGCUGCGGUCUUCUCCUUCUGGUGGCCCUGACUGCACUCAUGGGAUGCUGCGUGUCUGAGCUUAUCUCCAGGACUGUGGGCAGGGUGGCUGGAGGCCUCCAGUUCUUGGGUGGUCUGUUAAUUGGUUCUGGUUGUGCGCUUUAUCCUCUGGGCUGGGACAGUGAAGAAGUCAGGCAGACCUGUGGUAACCUUUCCAAUCAGUUUGAACUGGGCACCUGUGAAAUUGGCUGGGCUUACUACUGUACCGGAGGAGGCGCUGCUGCAGCUAUGUUGAUCUGCACUUGGCUGGCCUGUUUCUCUGGCAAGAAACAAAAACAGUAUCCUUACUGAGGCCAGAAAGACCCAGAACAAAAUGAACCAGUUUAGGGGGUUAAACAAAAGAAGAAAAAUAAAAGAAAUGAGUAUGUAAACCUUUCUUGGAAAGGUACCUUAGCUCCUCCUUGUAGCCAGGUCAAUACAAACAAGUCAAUGAAGUUGGAAUUGAUAUGUGAUGCUGUGAAUAGUGGGGUUCUCGUUAUCUUAGGGGUAUAAACCAAGAAUCCCAUGGGGCUUAGGCGCUUACUACAUUAUUCCUAGCCUAUUGUGGAAUAGUAGAACUACAGGAAGUAUGCCCUAUCUGGGAGGGGGAAGCAAUGAUUGACGUAUAGCAACCAUCAAUUGAAAGGGUGAAAAAAAAAAUCCAGAAUGGAUUUUUUCACAUGGAUGUAGAGGGCCUUUCUUCACCAUUUGGUUACUCACUUGGAUGAGAGUCGUCGCUGAUUUUCCUGAAGUGUUCAGCCCACAUCAGCUCGCAGCUGGAGCGGCUUCCCCCGUGUGUGUGUGUGUGUGUGUGUGUGUGUGUGUGUGUGUUUGUGUGUUCAGAGCACCUAUUUUCAGGCCUUAAAAGUAUUAGCCUUUAGGGGCUCCCCAACCAUUUGGAGUUUAAUUUAGUGAACCUGGCAUGAAAGAUGCAAAGGGUUUUUGUCGCAAGACUCCUGAAAGCACAGCUGCCUAGCUUUGCACAGACACAUUUCCUUCAUACAUUUGUGCUACGAAUGGUAGCCUCAAAGUUGCUGUUUUUAAAAUGUACCAGCCUCCAAACAGUUCAAAAGGACUGCCUUUCUGUGUGCCACAGAGUAGCGUGAGGAGGAGUUUGCCAUGGAAGGCAUUGUUACUCAGGCAAACAGCCAAGGUUGGCGUAGUCUUUUCACCUUCAUCUAUAAAGCACAGAAAUCCAUGUCAGUUUUUAACUCUCUUCACAAAUGCACACACCAACACACUCUUUUAUUUGACACAUAAACUAUAGAUGGGAUCAAGUUACAUGUUGAAAACAUCUGUGUAAUGGAAACCCAACAAGUCGAGGGGGGUGGUGGGUUUUUUAGUGAUGGCGGGCAUGAAAAGCUACUUUUGUAUGAGCAACCGGAUAGGUGUGAAAAGAGUCCCAUGCCACCUCACCUCUCCACUCCCAAGUAGCCCCUGCUGAAGCACAUUUUCAUGUGGAAAAAGGGUGUGCAGCUACCAUUAUAUGCAUUUUGUGCAAUGUGUACAUCGGGCCUGCCGUACACUUUCUUCAUGUGCAAUAUCAUUCACAGAUGAAAAUACAUGUACAUCUUUCUUCCCAUGUAUACAAGCAAUCCCCCCUUUCCAACACCUACUUCCAGCACAGCACAGCACAGCACACAUAUUUAUAUCCCCAUCUCCCUUUUGUAUCCAUACCGCUUCAGACAUGUUUGGCUUUUCUUUCUCUUCCCUCCUCCACCAAUUCAAGCUCCCCUCUUCCCACUGACUCCAGAGCAGGAGUGAGGAACUUCAGGCCUAGGGCCCAAAUCCAGCCUUCCUUUGGUUCCGGUCUGGCCCUCUAGGUUUUCCCCGAUGGCCACACACCCUUCUCCUGGGCCCACUCUUUCCCCCAAUAACCUAGCUUUUGUGCAGUACCCCCACCCCGGUUCUAAAACACAUUUCCUAAGGCUGUUACUAGCUAAAAGAGCUUUAAGCUAAAAUAUGGUAGUACUUUUUUGUAAUGUUGGUCCUGCCCCUUUGCCCUUCAGCCUGUCCUCCCCACCCCGGAAAUACAGCCUCGGACAGCUUCUCUGAAAUUGAAAUUGACGCUCGGGCUGGAAACACUCCUCACCCAUGCUCUAGAGAGAAGCAGAGACAAAUAUUUGUCUUGCUUCACAUUUCUUUCCUUCACAGGGUGGCUUUGAAUAUUUCACCCAAAGCAGCAAACCGAGGAAUUGUAAGUGACUCCCUUCCUCGGCCACUCUUAGCUCUUCCAUGAAGGGGAGAUAUGUAUAUUACCCACCAUAAGAUACACCCUCUUCUUUGCAUGGUCAGAGUGCGCAUCUGAUCAUCACACAAGACCAAGAAAUGGCAACAGAGGACAUGUCAUUUCUACUUACUCAGUCAUUUGAGACCACUACAACAACUGCUUUUUCUACUACUGCUUCAGGUGAUAGCCACUCACACAAAAGUAUGUGGAGCAGAAUAGUUGCAAUGAAUACUGUGCAAUUCUUUUUUUUUUUUUUGCUAGAUUAUUUUAAUUUCAGUAUUAUACCACAUUUUAAACUAAAAACAUAAUGGACUUAUGGGCCAUUUUUUCCAGUAUUUUAUAUAAUCCAUGUACACGUGUUCUCAAGUUUUAUUAACGGCCUUUUCAGACCUAUAUAAUUUUAUAUUAACCUCAAUGUUUUCAAGAUUAUUACACAAAUGCAAUACUUUAUUCAGCAUAUGUAGCCUUUUAGAUAGAGUAUUCCUAUGAAGGGCAGUCAAAGGACAGUUCUGUCCAAUGAGAAUUGUGUGUGUGUGUGGGGCACAGUAGAAUAUUACUACUUAUGCAAGAGCAAUGACAAACAUCUUCCAAGUUUUGUUACUAAUGCUGUUAAGUAAUUAUUGUUGUAUUGUGCUGUAUUGUUUAUUUUAAUAUUCAUCUUUGUAAUGUAAUAUAAAAUGUACUAUUUUGUUUGUACUUUAGAACCUGUGUAAAUAAAUGUCUUAUCUAUGAUACUUCAAUUAUAUUGUUAAUCUUGUG